UUUCCAAUUUUCAGGGUAGGAUACAAUUUGCCUCAAAUUGUUUUUUGUGCAAAAUCAAUUAAUGUGUUAGAGUUGUAUCGCUGUAAUCUGUCCCGUCCAAGAAUUGGUGUGCAGUUGUCUUUGAGAAAAUUGUGUCUGGUGGGUGUUUAUGCAGAUGAUCAAAUGAUUGAGAAUCUCUUUGCUAGGUGCCCAUUGAUUGAGUAUCUGACAAUUGAAUCAUCUGAAGGCUUUAAAAGCCUAGAGCUAUUUGGUCUUAGCGAGCUCCAUGAAAUCAAGAUAAGCAACAAUGAUGAACUCGAAAAGGUGGAGAUCAAUGCAUUGAAUGUUCAUUCAGUAACUAUUACUGAUAUGAAAACAUGUGUGAUCAAUGUAGCCUCUUGUAAGAAUCUGAAAUUCUUACUAUUAUCAGAGCUUUCAAUAAAGGAUGAUUGGUUGUGUAGUGUAAUUUCAGAUUUUUCACUGCUCCAGUUCUUAAGCAUAACUUCUUGUGAUGAGCUAAGGAGUAUCAAAAUUUCAAGUCCUAGUCUUAAGGAAUUGGUCAUCAAUGGAUCUGAUUUGGUUGAAGUAAAGCUUGAGACUCCUAAUUUAAGCAUAUUCAAAUUUUCGGGUCAUCCAAUAUCCUUUACCUUAAAUGCUAUGGCUUUGUCAGAAACUGAUCUCUACGUCUGUGGUAAUGAUGAUGAUAUUCAGGUUGAUAUUCAGGUUUUAGUUAAGUAUGUUGAACUUCUUGCGAACUUUAAUCGGUGUUCUGAAGUGCUAAAUUUGCAACAUUGCACGGGUGCGGUUUUCAUUGUUCCUAGAGAAUGGCGGCAAAUCUUACAUCCCCCUUUAUGCGGUGUCAAACAUUUGAACCUCAAAAUAGAUGAUCUGUUUGAUUUUACAAUUCCCGACCUAGUGGACAGCUUGCUCUGGCUUUCACCUCAUAUAGAGACUAUAUCGAUGAGUUUUCACUUAGGUGACAGUCAUAAGUAUUCUUUUCAGUUCUCAUACAAGGAGCAGCUUAUUCACGAAGGAAAGACUCCUAGUUGUUGCCAAUCCCUUCCCAUUUCAUGUUGGCAGAAUUGUCUCAAGGGAGUUAAGAUUGAACAUACUGCGACAUUUUUUUCUCAGCCUGCUUCUGUAGACAGGUUCUCUUUAGAGAGGAAGACCUUGGAGAUGCAUACUUAUGGAGAAAGUUUCUAUUUUCAUGACAAUAUCUGGGAGGAGCUUAAUCAUCUUGAUUUGAAUUUGAGGGAAAAGUUUAGUUAUCUGUUUGAUGUCAAUAGCAGCUAAGAAAUUCUUGUUUCAUUAUCGAAUUCUUGUGUAACGUUGGGUAACUUUGAAUAGGUAUCAGUUUUUUGACUUAAACUUUCAU